ACCCAGACCCACACAUUGAUAUGGAGAUGUGGGACUAUAAAUAGGAGGGAUGAAGGCAGCAGAGAUCAGAUUGUCUCUACACAGACCUCUACAGCACAGAGAUCCACACAUGGCUCCUACAAUCACUGCAGCAAGGACCAACUCUCAGGAGCAUCUGACGAGGCAAAAGCUCAGAAAGCCUCUGGUGGAGAAGUUACGCAGAGAGCGAAUCAACAGCAGCAUCGAGCUGCUCAAGUCUCUCCUGGGUCCAGAGUUCCUCAACCAGCAGCCAGACUCCAAGCUGGAGAAAGCAGACAUCCUGGAGAUGACAGUUUGCUUCCUGACACAGCUGCUGCAGCAGAACCAGCAGCAGAGAAGACUGAUGAAGCACUUCAACAAGCUGCAGUCUUCCUCUGAGGAGAAGCUGACAGAGGCUGACUUCUCUCCUCUGAGCUCCACAGUCCACAGCAGCAUCACCAAAGACCAGAGUCCAGUCAGCAGCGCCCCCUGGAGGCCGUGGUAGACUCCUACAGACUGGAGUUACCAGCAGACAAACUGGGACGAGCUCAGUGGUCAGAGACGACUGGAAGUGAAUUCUAUGAAAUGUAAGGACUUGUUCUUCUGUAUGAACAGAAACAUGUAUUUGUGUGUUGGACGUUUCCUGAGGAAAAGAAGCAACAAUAUCUUUCAAGUGAAGAAAGAAAACAUCUUGUCAUGCAUGUUGCAUGAAUCACAUCUGAUUGCAUCAGCAAUUAUUAUCACACCUCACUGUGUCAGUGAUGUAUCAUCAUAUGGUUUGUUACCUGUUGAUUUAUAUUGAUCUUUGCUGUGAAAACAUCUAAAUGUCCUUUUUGUGGACGUGUUUUCAUCAGGAUUUUAACUUUGAAUUUCUCUGUUCAGUCAAAUAUGAUCUGUUUUAAGAUCCAAACGUUUAUUUCAUUUUCUUUAUGAUCGAGAACAUCUUGUCAUGCAUGUUGCAUGAAUCACAUCUGACUGCAUCAGCAGUUAUUAUUGUACCUCACUGUACUUCAUGUAUUUGUAUUAUAUCAUCAUAUGAUAACAUUUGUUAACUAUUGAUCAGUA